AUGGCUUGUUCAAAAGCUGAAGAUUUAAUUAAUCAAUUAAUUGAAGCAACAUUAAAAUUAUUAGAUUUUGGUUUAAAUAUAAUGGAUGCAUUACGUGUACAAAAAUUAUUAACAGUCCGUAAUCAAAAAAUUGGUUUAAUUAGUGAUGAUGCUUGUUUACCUGAAUGUAGUCUUCAUUUUUCACUUAAUUUUGAUUUAAUGAUGUUUAAUAAAUUAUUACGUAAUGCAUGUCUACGUGCACGUGCAACACUUAAUGAAUUACGUGUUUGUCGACUUCGUUAUCCAAAUGCUCCACUUGUACUUGAACCAAAAACAAAAGUUAAAUUUCAGAAAUUACAACGAAAAAUUCAAGAUUUUGAUGAAUCUGUUCGAUCUGAUAAAAUGAUAGCACGUCGUGAUCUUCGAGAUUUUCGUGAAAUAUCAAUUAUUUUUACACAAUUAGAACAUGAUUUAAAAUUACUUAUAUGUAGUUUGGAAUGUGCUAGUACAAUGAAAGAUACAGUUUUAUUUGCUGCACCUAUUACAGAUGUUAUGACAGUAUUAUCAAUUGUUCUUAGGCGAUUAGAACGUUUAGCACAAAAAGCUGAAAUUGAUGAAAAAAUUGCUGCAGCUGAACGACAAAAAGAUUUACAAGAACAAAAUAAUACACAAAUAAAAGGAUCAAAUUCUUCUACACCUUAUCAACGACAAAAAUCAACUUCACCAAUAACAAGAAAUCAUACGAGCGAUGUUUUAUUUAAUGGAAAAAAUACAAAUCGUACAUCACAACAACGUCGACGACAGGAUAUGACAGCAAUUAUUGCAGCUGCUAGUCAACAAAAUAAAAUAUUCAAUCAUGAAAAAAAUUCUAUUCAAAGUGAUAUAUCACAAAUAAUUCCAUCAGAUAAAAGUUUCAAAGAAAGUAAUUCAAUUGAAAUAAAUAAUAAUAGAAAUGAUUCAAAUUUAUGUAAACCUAUUAAUCGUCAUUAUACAUCAAUUAAAUCAAAUAUUUCACGACAUUUAAAAAAAAUUGUACCAUCAUCAAUUGAAAAUAUUCCAUCAAAUCAUCGUAAAAUAAAACAAUAUCGUAGUGAAUUUAUACAAAAAUGGACUAAUGAUGCACGUCAUAUAUAUGCAAGAAAUCAUAUAAUACAUUCAUCGAAUAUUUAUUCAGAUCAAAUGAUUAAUACUGAUUUAGAAAAAAAAAUUCGAUAUGAACAACAAAAAUCAACACAUCAUCAUCAUCAUCAUCAUCAUCGCCAUUCUCUUUCAUCUUCAUCACCUAUUAAUAAUAGUAGUUAUACAUCAUCAUCUUCAUUAUUGAAUGAAUUAUAUAAUAAGAAUAAAACAAAAGCACAAUCAUCAAAUUCAACUAGUCAUUUAUCAAUGAUUAAAAAUCGAUUGAAUAACAAACAUAAAAAUACAUCAUCAAAUAAUAGUGCUAUUGUUUAUCUUGAAUCUCAAAAACCACAUGAUAAUAUUGAAUGUAAAAUCAGUUAA